GGUGAAGAGGCAGAGCAAGCAAAAACAGAGCAUACUCUGUUUCUUUCUAGGAUAUCUACUGUCCUUCCACUCUUUGUUUCUAUGCUUCCAAACAGCAAAAUAAUCACUGUACUUACUGUAAUCAUGGCAGCCCUUAUUUUCUCCGCUAUUUCUGCAAAAGCUUUGAAGGUUUAUAACUUCUACUUCGAGUGAAAAACCCUAAAAUUCAAAAACACUUCACUCACUCACUCAAUCCACCUUUGAAUUUGAUGGAAUCAUUCGGGACCAGUGACAUCAUAGCCUUGAAGGCGAACGCAAUCAAGAAGCACCACCAGCGUCAAAAGAUUGCAAAUUUAUUCAGGAUAGUUGAGGUUUGCCUUGUUUUGGGCUUGAUUUCGAGGUACGCAGUUGAACUUCCUAUUGCUUUCAAGAAUUCCGGUGAGUAUUUUAAGGACUUGUCGAUCGCUAUGGCUAGUCCUCGCUUUGUGUUUGUUAUUGGUAAUGUUAUAGUCAUCGUUCUGUUUGCGAAAUCCGGUCAGUUCUCGACGAAAAAUAGUUUGAAAACUGAUAUCUAUAAAGAGUUUUUGGAGAAGAGUGAGAGGAGCCAGGGCGUAUACAGAGACGAAAACAGAGAAAAACAGAGCACACUUGAAGAGCAGAGGAUAGUAACUGGAGAUACUUAUAAUAAUACUAAAGAAACCAAGCACUAUAGAAGAAGCCAAUCUGCGAAAUCAAAAAGUGUGAAUUGCGAUAACUUGAGCAAGGAAUUAAGAAGAAAUCUGACGGAGAAAGGCGAGGGCUUGGCGAAGAAGAAGUCGUACGCGGAAGAUAACAUGAGCAAUGAAGAAUUCAGGCAAACAAUUGAGGCCUUCAUUGCUAAGCAGCAGAGGUUUAUUAGGGAAGAAGAGUGUUCAGUAUUUUAGACAUACUUUUUUUUUCUAUUUAUUUAUGUUUAUAACUUAUCAUUAUGUUUUAGCUGUGUUUUGUGUACAUGGCUAUAUCAUAAAUGCAAUGUAAAUCCCCUCUUUUAGUUUU